ACAGCUUAUACGUAAAAUCGACUCUUGCGCUUGCGCACGAAAGUGCAAGCAUUGUCGAAAAUGUCAAUACUUGUAAAGAAAAAGAAUUUCAAAAAUAUGUAAUGCGUUAAUAAAAAGAGUGAAGAAAGUUUCGUGUCAAAGUUGGACGCUGUUAAAAAUACUAAUACGUCGGCACGCUGCCACUGCAAAAUGAAAAAGUCGAAUAAACACCGAUCGGGCGUGAGUAACAUUUCCUCGGUUUGUUUGGCAGAAGGAAAAAGUGACGUUGCUGAUAUACAAGAGCAUUUAACAACCUCUUAUAUGAAGGAACAAGAUAUUCCUGAAUAUUUAGAGGGCUGUGGUUUGAAUACAUGCUCGGCAGGUGACACGCCAGAUACUGCCGAGCCAUUGUCUCGGGAUACCAAAGAACAUUCUAAGGAGAAGAAGCUUUCAACAGCCUCUAUAUCUGGUACAGAUACAAAGAAAACCGUUACAGUGAAACACCCGGAGUCGAAUAAACCAAAGCCAACAGCCAAGAAAGGUAAACCCAUACAAGCUGAUCUGGAUGUUUCCAAGGAGUUCAUCAGAUGCAGAGACGAGUGCGUCACUCGUUUGGAUCUGAGCAAAUCGAGCAUCACAAAUCUUCCAAACACUGUGCGCGACCUCACGCAUCUCGUCGAGUUUUAUCUCUACGGCAAUAAGUUAGUCACUUUGCCGCCAGAGAUUGGUUGCCUUACCAACAUCAAGACAUUGGCGCUGAGCGAGAACUCGCUGACAAGCUUACCAGACACUUUGGAGAAUCUAAAGUCUCUCAAAGUUUUAGAUUUGAGGCAUAACAAGCUCAGCGAAAUACCAGACGUUGUAUACGAGUUAACGUCGCUGACUACCUUAUUUCUGCGCUUCAAUCGUGUCAGGUACGUCAGUGAAAGCAUAAGGAACCUGACCAAUUUAACGAUGCUUAGUUUGCGAGAGAACAAAAUCCGGGAACUCCCAGCUGGUAUUGGUAAAUUGGUUCAUUUGAUCACUUUUGAUGUAUCACACAAUCAUUUGGAGCAUUUGCCUGAAGAAAUAGGUAAUUGCGUUCAGUUAUCCACACUGGAUUUGCAGCACAACGAGCUGCUCGACAUACCCGAAACCAUUGGGAAUCUUACUGCUGUUACUAGACUCGGGUUGAGGUACAACAGAUUGUCUAGCAUACCAAAGUCACUUGCCAACUGCAAACUGAUGGACGAAUUCAGCGUCGAAGGUAACCAAGUAUCACAACUGCCCGAAGGCCUGCUGUCAAGCCUGUCAGACUUGACUACGAUCACACUUUCUCGGAAUGCGUUCACUGCUUAUCCCUCUGGAGGUCCUUCCCAGUUCACAAACGUUCAUUCGAUCAACUUGGAGCACAACCAGAUUGACAAAAUACCGUACGGUAUUUUCUCCAGGGCUAAGAAUCUUACCAAACUAAACAUGAAGGAAAAUCAGUUGACAGCUUUACCCUUGGAUAUCGGUACUUGGACUAAUAUGGUCGAGUUGAACCUGGGGACGAAUCAGCUUACUAAAAUUCCGGAUGACAUUCAGUGCUUGCAGAGUUUGGAAAUUCUUAUCCUCUCGAAUAAUUUACUGAAGCGAAUACCUGCGAGUAUCGCCAACCUCCGGAAACUUCGUGUACUGGAUCUCGAGGAGAAUAAAAUAGAAUCUCUUCCUAAUGAAAUUGGGUUUCUUCGAGAUCUUCAGAAAUUAAUAUUACAAUCUAAUCAGGUAACUUGCCUGCCUAGAGCUAUCGGACACCUAACUAAUCUGACUCAUUUGAGUGUAGGGGAAAAUAAUUUAAAUUAUCUUCCGGAGGAAAUUGGAACCUUGGAGAAUUUGGAUUCCUUGUAUGUUAACGACAAUGCCAAUUUACACAAUUUACCAUUCGAACUGGCACUGUGCACAAACCUCAGUAUUAUGUCGAUUGAGAAUUGUCCGCUUUCACAAAUUCCAGCCGAAAUCGUUGCCGGAGGUCCAUCGCUGGUUAUACAAUUCCUAAAAAUGCAAGGACCCUACAGAUCAAUGUAACAAGACUUUGGUAUGCAUAGUGAUGAUUGUAUUGUCUGAUGUAUCACAUUUUGUUCCAAUGGGUCAAAUUAAUUUUGUCCAUCUUGGAAAAAGUUACUCUGUAUGACUUUGUGUUGGUUGUCCUGCGUAACGUGCUGGUUAAAUUGAACAAUUACUUUGCACAUUAGUUUCUAUCGCCAGCUACAAUAUAAAUCUGUGGAUACAAAGAUAAUUUAUUAUUUAUUUCUAAUUAUGAUGUAAAGACACGCUUGCAGCAUGUCUAGUAUAAUUCACUUCCCAUAACUUGUAAUUUUUUUCUCGUAAAAUCAUAAUUCAUUCACGUUUUCCAAGGGUGUCUACCAACUGAAGCUCGGGAAAGUUAGGGAAUUUAAACAUUGUUAAAAGUUGUGCAGUUUUUUCAAAAGAAAGGCUAAACAGUUCUAUCUGUAGUGGAGUGUUCUGGUUAUUUUUCCAGAACAUAUUUUGUAACUGUUUUGGUUAAUUAAAAAUGAUAAUAAAAUUGAACGUAGAACUUAAUUAAUACAAAGUCUAAAUUUCACGUCAAUUUAUUUUUGGCGAUUAAGACGCACUUUAUUUUAUCCCGAAACAAGGAUGGAGGUUAAUAAGAAAUUAUUAUAUUGAAGUUAGUAAUGUUAUCGUAAGGGUUCCUGCUGUAGAAAAACUGUUAUUUCUCGACUUUGGAAUUGUCUGAUAUUGAGUUAACCUUAAUAAGACAAAACACACUCAAGUCUCUAAAUCAUAGUUCCUUCAAAAUCAUUGUAAUAUUUAUAAGAUAGUGAUUUUUUCUCUAAUGUGUAAUGUUCGUUACAAUAACUUUAUUAACUUCAACCUCAUAAGAAAUUUAAGUGAAUAUAUUGAUAGGCCUCUCACUUACGCCAAAGAUUUGACGAAAUUUUGUAACAAAUAUUUCUUGCAAAUUCGUAUACAGUUUUAUUAAAAAAAAUUCAUGUACAAAUGAGCAUGGAUAUUUGAAUCUGUUUGACAACACUUUUCCUGCCAUAAAUAUGUACAUAGGUAUACAUGUAGAUUUUCCAGAAUGUGCCAACAUUAUUAUUGCUAAACUUCACCAUCUUUCUAUAUUGUAACGACUAAGCUGUAAUAAAAAACGAAAAAAUGUGCGGAAGAAUUCAGUAAAGAUGCAUGUAUGAAACUACCAAUGAAAUAGCCAAAAAUCGAAAUAAUUUAAGAUAAAUUUUUCCACUUUUGGAAAAAUGAAAAAUGACAAGUGAGAGGAUGCAAAUCAAACAAACAGUAGUAAUUUUAAAAAUUUCAUGCAUGUACCUGAAAUUUGGAUUAAUGGAGUUUGAUCGAAAAUUCAUGUUGCCUGUAAUUUUGAGAUAUAGUAAAACAGAUUUCGGGCGUAAAUGAACUUUAAUAUUGAAUUAGAUUGAAGUUAAAUAUUUUAUUGACCUUUAUUAUAGUUUUACAUUGGAACUUGAUAUUACUGGUUCUCUGCGUUCGUGAUCAAACUGAAAUAAUCAAUUAAAAUCUUACAUAUUAUUCUCAUGCACAGCUGUUUCCCUAUUUUCCAAUUUCAAUGCCUUGCCUUGAAAGACAAUAAAUAGAACAUUCAUAUGAAUGAAAACUGUCGUUUAAUUAUCAUCUGCAUACUAGGCACA